AUGGAAUCCAUUACUUACACACAGGGCGUGUGCUGUCUACCAGAAGGUACGAUUGCAGUUUCGGAUUCCAACAACCAAUGCGUUCAGGUGUUCACCGAAAAAGGCGAAUGCGUUUUGAGGUUCGGAACCCGAGGGCGUGGGGUGGGUCAGCUGCAACGCCCCACCGGCAUCUCCACGCUGCCCAAUGGUAACUUCGUCAUCGCUGACUAUGAAAAUCGAUGUUUGUCAGUUUUCGACGCGUCAGGCAAGUUCCUGUCACGAGUGGGGGUCAACAAGCUUCUAGGCGACAGGCCGGCAUCGAAAUUGGCACGCACUUCGGCUGCCAACCGUUUGUCUGUGAGCAGCAGCGUGCCGGGUGGGCUCUGUGGUAGUCACAGUGCGAAUGCUGGCAGCUCUGUGCGGUCCCGACGAACGUCUCGCAGUUCUUUAGGUUCAGCCAUGAGCAUGUCCGGCAACCCCAGGAAACUAGUUGCUGUUGUCCCCGACGACCUGUUGGGAAGGAUUGGCAGGAAGGGACGAGCUGUCGGCGAGUUCGCUAAUCCCCAG